AUGGCCUGGCAGCCGGCACCAGAGUCCUUGAGCCAGCUGGCCGCUUGCCUCAAGGACUCGCUCAGCGGCUUCGACAAGAAUGCGCAGAAGCAGGCAGAGCUUAUGCUCACCCAGGCGAAGUCGUCUCCCGACAUCAACAACUACCUCGCCUACCUCUUUUCCAGCCCCGAGCCCCCCUCCGGCGUUCAAUUCUCUGCCCAGGACUACCACAUUGUGCGGUCCGCCGCCGCGAUGAUGCUGAAGAACAAUGUGCGCUCUAGCUACAAGCAGAUCCCCGAGAGCAGCCUUUCCCUCAUCAAGAUGGCGGUCCCCAUGGGCAUCCAGGACAAGAACUCCCAGAUCCGCAACUUUGCCGGCAACAUUGCGACCGAGAUUGUGAGAAGAGGCGGCGUUCUGAGCUGGCCCGAGCUGCUCCCCCAGCUCCUCAGCCUUAUCGGCAACGAGAACGGCCAGGUCUCCAACGAGGCCCAGGAAGGUGCCAUGUCCGCCAUGGCCAAGAUCUGCGAAGACAACGUCAAGGUCCUGGAGCGUGAGCACAACGGCCAGCGGCCCCUCAACUACCUGCUCCCCAAGUUUAUCGAGGCCACCAAGAGCCAGCUGCCCAAGGUCCGCGCCCAGGCUCUGACUGCCAUCAACGUCUUCACCCCCCGCAAAUCCCAGGCCAUGCUCAACAACAUCGACAACCUGCUGUCCCACCUCUUCGUGCUCGCCAGCGACGAGAGCACCGAUGUGCGCCGCCAGGUCUGCCACGCCUUCGUCUCCCUCGUCGAAACCCGCCCCGAUAAGCUGCAGCCGCACAUCGCCGGCCUCGUCGAUUACAUCAUUACUCAACAAAAGAGCGAUGACGAAGAAUUGGCCUCAGAGGCUGCAGAGUUCUGGCUGACCGUAGGCGAGCACGACGACCUGUGGCGUGCCCUGACCCCCUACCUCGACAAGAUCAUUCCGUUGUUGUUGGAGUGCAUGGUGUACAGCGGGGAGGAUAUUGCUCUCCUUGGUGGAGCUUCCGACGACGAGGACGAGGACGAUCGCGAGCAGGACAUCAAGCCGACGUUUGCCAAGAAACAGGCGAGCCGCGCCGUUAACGGAAGCGAGGCCUCUGCGGAUCCCAACCAGAACGGCAAUGCCUACCAGAAGCUCGCGAGCAUGGACGAUGACCUGGAAGAGGGCGAGAUUGACGAGCUCGAUGACGGCGACGAGAACCCUGACGAGCGUUGGACCAUCAGAAAGUGCUCCGCUGCCGCACUCGAUGUCUUUGCGCGCGACUUCUCCGACCCCGUUUUUACCGCCAUCCUGCCGUACCUCACCAGCAACCUCAAGCACGAGGAGUGGCAGUACAGAGAAGCCGCCGUCCUCGCUCUCGGUGCUGUUGCUGAUGGUACCAUUAACGCUGUCACCCCCCACCUCCCGGAGCUUGUCCCCUACCUCCUGUCUCUUCUCGAGGACAACGAGCCCAUUGUGCGACAAAUCACCUGCUGGACCCUCGGCCGUUACUCGCAGUGGGCGGCCAACCUGCAGGACCCCCAACAGAAGGCCACUUACUUCGAGCCUCUUAUGGACGGCAUCCUGCGCAAGAUGCUCGACAAGAACAAGAAGGUCCAGGAGGCUGCGGCUUCUGCCUUUGCCAACCUUGAAGAGAAGUCUGGCAAAGUUCUGGAGCCGUACUGCAUGCCCAUCCUGCAGCAGUUUGUGCGAUGCUUCGCCCGGUACAAAGAUAGGAACAUGUACAUCCUGUAUGACUGCGUGCAAACCCUGGCGGAGAACAUCGGUCCUGUCAUUGCCCAGCCCGAGGCCAUGAACCUGCUUAUGCCGGCUCUCAUCGACCGCUACCAGAAGGUCAGCGAUGACUCGCGCGAGCUAUUCCCCCUUUUGGAGUGCUUGUCAUACGUUGCCAUGGCCCUUGGGUCCGCCUUCACGCCGUACGCGCAGCCCAUCUUCACCCGAUGUGUCAACAUCAUCCACAACAACCUCGAGCAGAGCCUGCAGGCCACCAACAACCCCUCUCUCGAAUCUCCCGACAAAGAUUUCCUCGUCACGAGUUUGGACCUCCUGAGCGCCAUCAUCCAAUCCUUGGAGGAGGACAAGAAGCAAGAACUUGUGCGCAGCACCGAGAGGACUUUCUUCGAGCUCCUCAGCUUCUGCCUCGAGGACCCCCAGGACGACGUUCGACAGUCGGCAUACGCCCUUCUCGGUGACUGCGCGAGAUACGUCUUCCCCCAGCUCGAGAACCACUUGUCUACGAUAUUCCCCAUCCUCCUCAAGCAGCUUGACCUCGACAACAUCCUGGACGAAGAAAUCGACAGUGGCUUCAGUGUGGUCAACAACGCCUGCUGGUCCGCCGGUGAGAUUGUCAUGACCAACAGCAAGGCGAUCUCUCCGUUCGCUCCCGAGCUCUUGCAGCGUUUCGUCGAAAUCAUCUCCAACCCCGGUGUCCAGGCUGCUGUUAGCGAAAACGCCGCCAUUGCACUUGGUCGCCUCGGUCUCCACAACUACGAGGUCAUGGCCCCCAUGCUGCCCACUUUUGCCGAGGACUUCCUUACCGCCAUGGAACAUGUUGAAUUCCUCGAGGAGAAGGCUACAGCAUUCAAGGGCUUCACCAUGGUUGUUGGACAGAACCCACAAGCCAUGGAAAAGGCACUCCCUCAGCUCUUCGUCGCAAUUGCACGUUACAGAGAUAUCAGCCUGAAGAACCCCAUCAAGAAUGAAUUGCAUGAGCACUUCCAGAAGGUUCUCAACAUCUACCGCCAGCUGAUUCCUCAGUUCAACGACUUUGUGAACCAGAUGCAACCGCAGGACCAGCAGGCACUCCGCCAAUACUACUCCACAUAA